UAGUCGCGGACAGCCGUGCUUACUAAACACAGCGAUCGUUCGAUUUUCGUAAAUGGCGGGAAAUUGUCGUAAUUUUUCGCGAUAAAACUGUAAAUUUAAAAAUCGUAAAUUUAAAAUUAAUUACUUAUCAUAGUGGAAUAAUAACUGUAUUGUUUAGUUGUAUAUUGUUUUGAUGUUUAGUUAUUUUUUUAAUUGUUGUUGAAUUUGAAAAAAAAAAUGUUGUUAUUUUUGUUUUUUGUUUUGGUGUGCUGUGCAGUGAAAUGCGAUUAUGUUAGCAACAACUACUACAUCAUCGAAAUGCCAGAGGAGGAAGUUGCAAGAGACUACAACACUCCUUUCAAAGUGUACUGGAACGUGCCAUCCAGACAAUGUUUAUCCAGGAACGUCGUAUUUAACUUGACCAAAUUCGGAAUAAUCCAAAACGAUAAUGACACAUUCGAAGGAGGCAGAAUCACAAUAAUGUACGACCCUGGCGUGUUUCCGGCAAUAUUUCAGAGUGACAGUGGGUCUUAUAGAUAUAGAAAUGGCGGCGUACCUCAACAGGGGAAUUUGGAGUUACACUUGACCGUGUUUCGAGAGAGUCUCAAUAAAUCUAUACCGAAUCCAGAUUUCAGCGGUGUCGGUAUAAUUGAUUUCGAGUCAUGGCGUCCAAUAUUUCGGCAACAAUUCGGCACUUUGACACCGUACAUUGAUUUAUCAAUGAAUAUCGAGAAGAGGAGACAUUGGUGGUGGCCCACGUCCUGGCAAAAAAUGGAGGCAACUAAACGCUUCGAAGACGCCGCACGAGUGUUUAUGCAGACGACCCUGUCCAUAGCGAAGCAGAUGCGCCCGCGAGCGAUCUGGGGCUACUACGCGUUCCCCUACUGCUUCAAUAUGGGCACUAACAACUUGGUAGAGAAUUGCACCGAUCAGAUCAAAGGCGAAAAUGAUAAAAUCUACUGGCUCUGGGCGGAAAGCACUGCUUUGUAUCCCUCAGUGUACAGCUCUGUGAGCCUCUCGACGGCUCAGCUGGCGGCGCUGGUUCGAGGACGGGUCACUGAGGCCAACAGAGUGAAGAAACCCGGGACCCUUGUGCUGCCUUACUUCUGGUUUAGAUAUCGCGAUGGCAGCUAUAUGAGCAAGGAAGACGUAACUGCGGUGAUGGAUGCGUUAAAGAAAACAAAUGCUUCUGGUCUUAUAAUAUGGGGGAGUUCAAGUGAUGUUAAUCAAGUUGACAAUUGUAAUGGUCUAUAUAACUACGUCGAAAACACAUUGGGGCCGAUUAUUAAGUCAUAUAUACAACAAAUUAACAGAGUAUAUGACGACCCAGAACAGAAUGAUGCUGAAAAUGACGACGAUUAUAAUGAUACUUUUACUACAACGGAUGCAACUACAACAGAUCAGACAACAACUUUAAAUGGAAACCUAGAAACUACUACAAAUAACUUCUUGAAAAUGGGCGUCGAUCAAGAUUCCAGUGUGUUAUCCAACAGUUAUUCAAAAAGUACAUCACAGAAUAACUCAACUUAUUGGGAUAUUGUUCAAAAGGCUAUUAAGAAGGAAACUACUAACUUAAAUGGGAAUGAUAACUCUUCCUCUAUAGAAAAUUCAAGUACAGAAACAACUACAAAAGAAAAUGUUUUAGUUAAUUCGUUAGACGACUUUUUAUUUACAAUUAAAAGUACAACAUACCCAAGUAAUGACUCUGAAGAUAGCGAAGAAAAUGAUAAUUUUAGCGAAGAUUUGGCUUCAUCAACGGUUGAUUUGGACUCAUCGAGAAAUACGAAUGAGGAUUUUUCAACAGUAUACACUACACAAACAUCAACAGAGAGCUUAGAGAACUUUAUCAUUAUUAAUGACGACAAAAAGACAACUCGAUAACUUCAGCGAUUAACGUGACUUAAAUAAAAAUAAAAUAAAAGUGAUUGACACUUAUAUUAUGGAUGGAAUUGCUAACGAAAUAAACCUGAUUCCGAAGUUGAAUAGUAGGUUUAUGGCUUGAGAAGCUACUUAAUGCAAAUAUUAUACCAAUCAAAGGCUACUGGUAUAACUGUACUUAUGUUGAUUAGAAAGUCUAUAAUGAAAGAAACUAUAGUGUUAAACGGCAACUUGGUUUCUAGUGAUUGCUGAGUGAAUUUUAUUUUGUUUAUUAAAAAAAAACUAUCCAUCUUGCUCCCAUAGGUGCCCCAGAUAUUCAAAUUUUAUCUAUUCAUGUUACACCUCUGCGUUUGGGUCAAAGAAGUUUAUAUGUUUGGGUCAAAGAAGUAAAAUUCAACUUAAUUGGUCCAGUAGAUUCGGAGAAAAAUAACUGUGACAGAUGGACAUACAGACACGCGAGUGAUCUUCUAAGUGAUCUUAUAAUACAUUAAUAAUAUGAUCUUAUAAGGGUUUCGUUUUUAUACCCUACAAAUAAAAUAUGACGGCAGUAUACAUUACAGUGAUAUUAAAAUGCAAAGUAGUAAAUUAUUCUCGAGAAAAAAGUCUUUCUCAUUUUUUUACAUUUUAUAUUUAUAUGUAUUUUACUUUAUUUAUUAUUAUGUUCAUAGAAUAAUUACACUUGAAAAGUUGAAGAAAUUGUUCUAACUUAAAUUAUAUUUCAUUUAAAAAACCAAAUAUAUCCGUUAAAAUAAUUUUAACCUGGCCGAAUAGGAAUAUUUUCAGAAAAUGCAGAUUCUAUGCAAAAUGUGUAACGUAAUGCUACCAGCAUGCAAUACGACAAACUACUUGUUGUUGUUGUGAAAUGUUGUAAAAACGAUACGAUUUCAUAAGAUUUUUGUAGGUUAAAGCAAAGCAGUGUUAGAAAUAUUCGAUAAACCCUAUUUCCUAAGUUGAAACCUGUAAUUUAAGAAAGCCUAAGUGAAAUGUUAUCGCCAUGUAGCAACGACUUACGGUACGGACGGCUUCAGUGUGCUCGCGGCGUUCGAGGCGUCCACAUCUCUUUUUGUGUAAUUCGUUACUUAUGAUAGGCGGGGAGAGUGACUUGAGUGGAAAAGGGGCGUGUUAGUCGACUGUCAAAGGAUCCUUUAACCCUACAAACAUCGUUCACAAGUACGUGACUUCACUCAAGGUCUUUCUCUGCCAUUCUAGGGUCUUAUUUUGGUUACAGUUUGAUUUGUUAAUAAAGUUGUCCUUGAGUGUUGUGAACCUUUGUUCGACAUUAGUUUUAUUAUAUUUGUAAUCUCUUUUGAGUCCUAUAAUAGAACUGAAAACUUUUUUUAAAUAUUAUUCGCAUAGUUGUGACGCAUAGUUACGCGUACAUAUUAUGUACCUUAGUCUUAGUGUAUACUAUGGAUAUGGUACCAAAUAUAAUUACUUGUAAGACCAAAAGUAGGGUUAGUAAGAUAGGGAUCCUAUACUUUUGUCUUAUAGUUCACACCCACCGAUCAUUUUCAUGUUACAUAUAAGUUAUGACUCUUUUCUUUGAACCUCUUUGCACGCGCUAUAAAAGUUCUCAUAUUUUACUAGAAACCCGGCUUCAAUAUUAAUAAUAAUAAUAAUAUGCUCCCGACCGACUUUUUCGAUCACGGCGGCUAAUCACAUGGUGAGAUUAACCAUGUACGCAGGAGAUAUUAUAGUGCACAAGUGUAUGCGCAAGCACAGGUGCACUCUCUCUUCCCUCACUCUCGAAAUCCGAUGGGACGGCAGACCGACACGACCGGUGAGAGAUCAGGCGCAGGACCGACGGCUUUACGUGCUCUCCGAGGCACGGGGGUGUAUUAACACCGCCAACUUCCCAACUCCAGGCUGCUAUUAAGAUUUUCCUUCUAAGAAAAAUCCCAAUAACCUAUUUUUGUUUUUGUUGGCCUGACCCGGGAUUCGAACCCUGGACCUCAUUGUCCGUAGCUGAACCAGCUACGGACAAUGAUUUCAAUAUUAGCUGUUAAUUUGAAAUAUGUUUUAUUUAAAAGCUUUCAUAGAUUUAAAUCUAUCACAGAGACAAUAAAUCUUCAAUGAAAGCCUGUACGUAUAAAGAUGUAGAGCUGUUUUUUUUUAUAUGUUCAAGCAAAUCCACUUGAUUUCAAAUAAAAAUAUAUGAACAAAAAGAAGAUUUAUAUGAAAAUUAGUGCUAAAAAGGUUCAAAGAAAUGCAAAUAUAAUAUAAUAUAAUGUAAGUAGGAAUUUAAAUAAGAAAAAGAUUAAUAUAAUUAAGAAAAAAUAAAUAAUUUAUCACAAG